GGCUAUGAGUUUGACUACGACUACAGAGAGGAUUUCUACAGCAGGUAUGGAAAUCAUUCUGCUCGGUUCUAUUCUAGUAUUUCCUUUGGAAAACAAUGUAUUCUGCUUUACCUAUUUAACUCUGCUACUUCCUGAAACUUCUGCCCUUCUCUCCUCUCCUCAGAUUAUUUGAGUACCAUGGGCGCAUGGUGGCACCCCCCAUUCGGGCGCCAAUACCCGCCAAACGCUCUCGUGUUGUGGUUCCGUCCCUGCGGCGAAUCAAAUCUUCGUUCCCUGUCAGGACAUGCUCUGACUCUUCCUCCUCCUUUUCUUCAUCCAGACCUCUUCCUCCGUCCUCGCAUCUACCUCUUCCGCUCACUUCUGUGUCUUCGGCUGCAGGACCUCAGUGUAUGUCUAGUACUCUAAUCUCUCUGCCUCUGUCCAAUCCUCCACUCCUCUCUCCUCCCCCUGUCUCAUCUCUAAUCUCUCUGCCUCUGUCCAAUCCUCCACUCCUCUCUCCUCCCCCUGUCCCAUCUCUAAUCUCUCUGCCUCUGUCCAAUCCUCCACUCCUCUCUCCUCCCCCUGUCUCAUCUCUCUGCCUCUGUCCAAUCCUCCACUCCUCUCUCCUCCCCCUGUCCCAUCUCUAAUCUCUCUGCCUCUGUCCAAUCCUCCACUCCUCUCUCCUCCCCCUGUCCCAUCUCUAAUCUCUCUGCCUCUGUCCAAUCCUCCACUCCUCUCUCCUCCCCCUGUCUCAUCUCUCUGCCUCUGUCCAAUCCUCCACUCCUCUCUCCCUCCCCCUGUCCCAUCUCUAAUCUCUCUGCCUCUGUCCAAUCCUCCACUCCUCUCUCCUCCCCCUGUCCCAUCUCUAAUCUCUCUGCCUCUGUCCAAUCCUCCACUCCUCUCUCCUCCCCCUGUCUCAUCUCUCUGCCUCUGUCCAAUCCUCCACUCCUCUCUCCUCCCCCUGUCCCAUCUCUAAUCUCUCUGCCUCUGUCCAAUCCUCCACUCCUCUCUCCUCCCCCUGUCCCAUCUCUAAUCUCUCUGCCUCUGUCCAAUCCUCGACUCCUCUCUCCUCCCCCUGUCCUAUCUCUGUCCUCCCCUCUCUCCCCUUCUGCACCGCUCUGUCUCCUACUCUCUGACAGAACUGUUUUGGUGAAGUCACAGUUAUGAAGCAUAUUCUUUUCAAGAAACAUCAUGUGUCUCUGUUGUUUUUCUUAUCCGUUUUGUAUAUUCCCAGUAAAGACCGACCAGUUGGUAACCAUCAAACGGGAGCUGUCCCAGAUCAAGACCAAGAUCGACUCUCUACUGGGGCGUCUGGAGAGGAUUGAGAGACAGCAUCGCACAGAGGCAGGUAAGAGUGGGAAGGCUGUGUGUGUCCUGUUGUGUGACCUCUAACCUGACCUCGUCUUCUCUCUCUCUCUCAUCCCCUCUUACCCCAGCAGUCCAGAGGAAACAGAGAGGUGUGUAUAAGUGUCUCCAUGCCGAGACAGCGGACCUCUCCGGAGACGUGGAGGCGGGAGAGAUGACAGACGAAGGCCACGAGGAUGUCUUUGAUGAUGAAGGCACUAACGAUAUGGUGAGGAGGCCAAGCGGUCAUCGUACAUCUGAAGGCUGAAUGGGGUCAAAUGUCACCCUAUUCCCUAUGUAGUGCACUACUUUUGCCCAUGUGGAUGAUACCUAAGCAGCAUUAUGAGUAAGCCACUGUGUGUUGUUAAACAAUAUACAAUGGGGUGGGUCUAAUCCUGAAAGUUGAUUAGUUAAAACGUCAGUGGUGUUAAACGGUAUCACUGCUUACUAUGUUGUUUUCUUCUUUUCAGAUAGAAAACCACUUAUCAGACAUUGACAACUGAGAGAGGUCAGUUAUCCCUCAGGUGACAUGUUUGGUUCAAUUUAAAUGAGUUAAUUAGAAGUGUUUAUUAUAAGUGUCCGUGUAAGGACCAGUGUGGGUGGAGGCUUUUGUUCCAACCAAGCAGUAGCGACGGGCAUUCCAAAUCUUUUGGCUCCGCUCACCUAAAUGAGCUGUCCAUUUGGAUGAAAAAACAUGAAAAAUAGCACAUUUCAUAGCAAAAACAAAUACUGUACAUAGCAAAAAUUGAGGGUGGACCAGAAUGAGGCUCUCUUCCGACUACCUAUUGUUCCAGCAGUGACUCAGGAAUCACCAUCUUCAGAGAAUGCUUUUACAAUUUAUCUACAGAUAAUCAUUGUCUGGAGCUCAUAAAGAAAUAGCAGGAUCGUUCCACCAAUUCGGUGCCUUUUGAGAAGUGUAACUUGGUGUAAAUUUAAAUACUUAUUAAUUUCACCUAAUUUUUACAUUCUGUCAUAAAGAGCACAUGUUCGACUUAAUAAAAAAUGUUUUGGCCCAUCUCAAGAGGUUAAAUAAAAACAUUUACUGCAGGGUUCACGAUUUCAUUUUAAAUCAGCCAUAAAUCCCCUUGUGAUAGGGGAAAUGGAAGCUUAUUGUGUGAAACAGGGAGGGGCAAUUUAAUGCAGUUUAACAGGGUUAACAAGGUUAACAGGGUUGACGUGUUAUGCUCGACCUGCUCAGUUUUCCACCACAAAACACCAGAAAAAUUGCCAAAAAGAGUAGAACCAGCUCACCUGCUUUUACAAUAUGAUAACUAUUUAUUUUAGCUUGCUAUUUACUUUCAGACACAAAAUUGGGAUUAUGGUUAAUUGUUUACCUCUGGAUAACAUGAAAACAGCCUAACCAGCUCUGCUGGCAACAAUUUAAUUACACUUUUUUGCCGACAUUAACUGACACCGGCCAUAUUCAACGGGUGUUGCGCGUUUGUAAAUUAAUCAGUUAUUCUGCGCUCUGGCAUACUCAACACUGAAUUUACGAACGCACUCGAAAUGGUUACUUGCAUAGUGGCGUCUUUUGUUAAGACGUGCAGUUGAAGUCGGAAGUUUACAUACACCUUAGCCAAAUACAUUUAAAAUCAGUUUUUUACAAUUCCUGACAUUUAAUCCUAGUAAAAAUUCCCUGUUUUAGGUCAGUUAGGAUCACCACUUUAUUUUAAGAAUGUCAAAUGUCAGAAUAAUAGUAGAGAUAUUGAUUUAUUUCAGCUUUUUUUUCUUUCAUCACAUUCCCAGUGGGUCAGAAGUUUACAUACACUCAAUUAGUAUUUGGUAGCAUUGCCUUUAAAUUGUUUAACUUUGAUCAAACAUUUCGGGUAGCCUUCCACAAGCUUCCCACAAUAAGUUGGGUGAAUUUUGGCCCAUUCCUCCUGACAGAGCUGGUGUAACUGAGUCAGGUUUGUAGGCCUCCUUGCUCGCACGCGCUUUUUUAAUUCUGUCCACAAAUGUUCUAUAGGAUUGAGGUCAGGGCUUUGUGAUGGCCACUCCAAUACCUUGACUUUGUUGUCCUUAAGCCAUUUUGCCACAACUUUGGAAGUAUGCUUGGGGUCGUUGUCCAUUUGGAAGACCCAUUUGCGACCAAGCUUUAACUUCCUGACUGAUGUCGAGAUGUUGCUUCAAUAUAUCCACUUGUUUUCCUUCUUCAUGAUUCCAUCUAUUUUGUGAAGUGCACCAGUCCCUCCUGCAGCAAAGCACCCCCACAGCAUGAUGCUGCCACCCCCGUGCUUCACAGUUGGGAUGGUGUUCUUCGGCUUGCAAGGUUCCCCCUUUUUUCUCCAAACAUAACGAUGGUCAUUAUGGCCAAACAGUUCUAUUUUUGUUUCAUCAGACCAGAGGACAUUUCUCCAAAAAGUGCAAUCUUUGUCCCCAUGUGCAGUUGCAAACCGUAGUCUGGAUUUUUUAUGGCAGUUUUGGAGCAGUGGCUUCUUCCUUGCUGAGCGGCCUUUCAGGUUAUGUCGAUAUAAGACUCGUUUUACUGUGGAUAUAGAUCCUUUUGUACCUGUUUCCUCCAGCAUCUUCACGUCCUUUGCUGUUGUUCUGGGAUUGAUUUGCACUUUUCGCACCAAAGUACGUUCAUCUCUAGGAGACAGAACGCGUCUCCUUCCUGAGCGGUAUGACAGCUGCGUGGUCCUGUGGUGUUUAUACUUGUGUACUAUUGUUUGUACAGAUGAACGUGGUACCUUAAGGCGUUUGGAAAUUGCUCCCAAGGAUGAACCAGACUUGUGGAGGUCUACCAUUUUUUUCUGAGGUCUUGGCUGAUUUAUUUUGAUUUUCCCAUGAUGCCAAGCAAAGAGGCACUGAGUUUGAAGGUAGGCCUUGAAAUACAUCCACAGGUACACCUCCAAUUGACUGAAAUGAUGUAAAUUAGCCUAUCAGAAGCUUCUAAAGCCAUGACAUCAUUUUCUGGAAUUUUCCAAGCUGUUUAAAGGUACAGUCAACUUAGUGUAUGUACAUUUCUGACCCACUGGAAUUUGUGAUACAGUGAAUUAUAAGUGAAAUAAUCUGUCUGUAAACAAUUGUUGGCAAAAUUACUUGUGUCAUGCAAAGUAGAUGUCCUAACCGACUUGCCAAAACUGUAGUUUGUUAACAAGAAAUUUGUGGAGUGGUUGAAAAAUGAGUUUUAAAGACUCCAACCUAAGUGUAUGUAAACUUCCGACUUCAACUGUAGCUAGCUAGGUAAACAAUGCACCUAGCUAGGUUAACAAUGAACCUAGCUAGGUAAACAACGUGUAAGAUCGUACACGUUACGUAACGUUAGCUAGCGAGCCAGCCAGCUAACGUUAACUAUUUAAACAAUGAACCAUAGUGCCAACUCAUGUCGUUACUACCCUGCAUGAAUCUGCUGGUAGCUAACCAACCAGGUUCAAUGGCAUUAGGCUCUAACUAGCAAAGCAAAUGGCUCUGAGAUACGAAUAAUAACAUCAUACACGUAACGUUAACUAGCCAGCCAGCCAGCAAACGUUAGCUAGUUAAACAAUUAACCAUAGUGCCAGCUCAUUAUGUUACUACCCUGCAUGAAUCUGCUGGUCACUAACCAACCAGGUUCAAUGUUAGCUAGCUAACAUUAGGCUCUAAUUAGCCAAGCAAACGGCUCUAAUAUACGAAUAAUAACAUCAUACACGUAACGUUAGCUAGCGAGCCAGCCAGCUAACGUUAGCUAGCUAACAGUACACUUUAAUUUGAAAUGAAACCACUUUAUGUCAAAAUUAGAAAUGUGUAUUAUUUCAACAUGUAUCUAGCUAGACUAUCUUACUUGUAUACAUCAUGCAUGAUGGACGAGUCUCCCUGUCACGGAUGCCAUGGUUGCCCUUAGUUUGAAGAUGUAAUCUGGAGACAGGGGUUUUCUCGAUCUCUUUAGCUAUCAUACUCUAAUUCCACUGAUUUAUUUGUUGAUUUGCUGAUUGUAUCUCCCGAGUGGCGCAGUGGUCUAAGGCACUGCAUCGCAGUGCUAGCUGUGCCACUAGAGAUCCUGGUUCAAAUCCAGGCUCUGUCGUAGCCGGCCGUUGCCGGGAGACCCAUGGGGUGGCGCACAAUUGGCCCAGCGUCGUCCAGGGUAGGGGAGGGAAUGUCUGGCAGGGAUGUAGGUCAGUUGGUAGAGCAUGGCGUUUGCAACGCCAGGGUUGUGGGUUCGAUUCCCACGGGUGGCCAGUAUGAUUUUUUUUUAUAAAAAAUGUAUGCACUCACUAACUGUAAGUCGCUCUGGAUAAGAGUGUCUGCUAAAUGAGUAAAAUGUAAUUUCAAAACUAGAUCCUCCAAAAAGUGGAGAGCAACACUUAUGUAGCUCCACUAGUGGAACCACAUAUCACACUUUCACAAAAUGCUUGAAGACAUGGCUAAAGGUCAAUCAGAUUUGUGAACAUGGUCCCUAGCUGUGUGUUGCCGCUUUCCAUGUCUGUUGUCUGUAACUUGUGAGGUGUGGAAACACUUUGUUGCUUUUAUGAAUUUUGUCUUGCUGCUUUUUGUUCUAUGUUGCUCUGUCUGUAUGCUACGUCUUGCUUGUCCUAUGUUGCUAUGUCUGUAUGCUAUGUCUUGUUCUAUGUUGUUAUUGUCUAUAUUGUAAUUGUUUUUAAUAACCUGCCCAGGGACUGCGGUUGAAAAUUAGCCGGCUGGCUAAAACCGGCACUUUUACUGAAACGUUGAUUAAUGUGCACUGUCCCUGUAAAAAUAAACUCAAACUCAAACUCAAACUCAAACUCAAACACUACACGAUACAUUUAAAAAAAGCUGCGUUAGACAGGAUUACCUACACCUACUGACCAGCUCAAAUAGACAGAAGCGUUCUAUAUGGCAGACCAAUCCAAACUCCUCUCUUGGCUUGUCCAGCCCACUCAUUAUCUCAGCCAACCAUGGCUAGUGGGAAGGUUGCUGUCUUUUUCUGUGGCUCGUAAUUUAACCAUUUUAUUUGUAUUUACAGAUGGCAUGCACGUUUGUUAUUAAAGGCACAUGAAAGUUCACAUGUUCCAGAAGGCAUUUCUGCCAAAAAAAAAUGCCUCUCCUGUGAAGUAGUGACUCCUAGUUUCCUGAAACGUGUCACAUAAUGGGAAAACUCCCAUUCUAAGGUUCUCCCUCUUCUGAAGAACCUAGUUUCAACCAUUGCUUUCAGUACUGUUGAUUAGGAUGUUGACGAUGACAAUAAUAAUGAAUAUUAUUUUGUCUUUUACGGAUCAUGACGAUGACGACAAUAAGGUUCAAAAUUAAUAUAAUUAAUCUUAUUGUGUGUUAUGCUUCUUGUUCACAGGGUGGUAAAAUUAAGCCUUAUUGGUGGUUUGAAGAACAAAUAGUGAAGGUCAGGACCUGAAAGACCAAUCAAUGGAAUAAAGGAAAAGACGGUCAAGGGAAAGACUCUCAUGGACUCCAGUGUGCUUGAUU